AUGUCCGGGCAGGAGCUGCCAAUAAGCAUGGAGGAGAUCUCGGAUGUGCUUUCCUUGAAAGCUUCGCUGCGUCGUCGUCAUGGAUACCCACUGUGCGUGCAACAGUUCCUGCACAAUGGCAUUUGCUUGGACAAUUCCACCGAGCUGAAUGCCCCCGUCGGCUUACAAUUAGUCCUCUUGACCGUUUCUAGCGAGGUGCAACGGGUGGAGGCUGCACAAGAGCUUACUGGAGCAUGCGUGCAAGGCGACCUGGAGAUCGCAAGGCGGCUUUUGGAAGCUGGUGCCAACAAGAACUCUAGGGACCACAGAGGUUACAGUGCCUGCAUGCUCGCAGCU